CACGAGUAAAAGUCGAUAGCAAUUUCUUUUCCAUACUCUCUGUGCGGCUCUGGCUCGUCUGUUUAUUUAAUGAUUUGAAGUGUUUUUCGCGUGUAUUCAGAGUUUUUUCUUUCAAUGUCCAAUACUUUCGUGUCAAUUUUCGAUUGAAUAAAGAAACAUGUUGGUCAUGCACAUAGUUUCAACUGAUUAAGAUAGUUUUUGAAUCAAAACUCUCCUUUGUGUGUUAAUUGUGUUAAUUUUUUUGUAUUACCUUUGAUUUUUUUGCUUAUAAUAUCGAAAAUCGCGAAUCGAAAAAGAUACUUCGAAUCGCAAAUGAUGGUGAUGAUGAUUAUUAAAUUGAAAAUGUGCAGUAAAAUGACGUGAAUACUUUUGGAACGACGACCUCAAACGUAUCCAAAAAAAAAAAUCGAUCAGUGUGUUUUUCUUUCUUCGUGCAAAACAAUACGAAAAAACAUUGGAAUUGGAAUCGAGUGCGGCUAUGGAAUUGUUGUUGUUCCACUGUGUCAAUGUGAAUAACAAUAACGAAAACGACGACGACGACAAAGCGAAACAUACACGGAACAACUCAGACCCACAGCGUCAUACACAUUUACAGUUCAAUACGCCUAAUUGUCGGCAGUUGUACAAGAUUACGAAAUAAUCACAAUUAUGGCAAAACGACACACUGCUUAUACUACGGGUGCCCGUGUCUGGAUACCAAACGCGACUACAGUAUGGGAAGGUGCCCAACUUGUAGGCGAUUAUCAUGACGGCGAUAAACAAUUGCACAUACAAACGGAUGCCGGCAUGGAUCGCGUCAUUGAAAUUCGAAGCGACAACGAUUUGCCAUUGCUACGAAAUCCAACCAUUUUAAUUGGACAAAAUGAUCUAACCGCCUUAUCAUAUCUACACGAACCGGACGUUUUACAUACAUUGGAAGUACGAUUUUGUGAUCGUCAAACGAUUUACACGUAUUGUGGAAUAGUUUUAGUGGCCAUAAAUCCAUAUGCUGAAUUGCCAUUGUACGGUCCCGACAUAAUCCGUAUGUAUCGUGGCCAAACGCAUCAAAGUUUGGAGCCGCAUAUUUUCGCUGUUGCUGAAGAAGCGUACGCAAAAUUGGAGCGUGAAAAAUGUGAUCUCAGUAUUAUUGUAUCGGGUGAGUCGGGCGCUGGUAAAACUGUAUCAGCAAAAUAUGCGAUGCGAUAUUUUGCCGCGGUUGGUGGUAAUGAAUUCGAAACACAAAUUGAGCGAAAAAUUUUGGCCAGUAAUCCGAUUAUGGAGGCAAUUGGUAAUGCAAAAACCACACGAAAUGACAAUAGUUCGCGAUUCGGUAAAUUCACCAAAUUAUUGUUUACCAAUCGCAUGAAUGUGAUGUCGCUGACGGGAGCCACAAUGAAUACGUAUUUAUUGGAAAAAUCUCGUGUUGUGUUUCAAGCAAAUGGCGAACGAAACUAUCACAUAUUUUAUCAAUUGUGUGCGGCACGUGAUCAGUGGCAAGAUUUAAUGCUUGAUCAUCAACAAACAUUCCGGUAUUUGAAUCAAGGUGACACACCAAACAUAAAUCGGGUAUCAGACUUGGAUCAAUUCUCUGAAACAGUAGCCGCACUCGAUACGCUCGGUUUUACCGCAAAUGAUGUGGAUGAUAUUGUUAAAACGUGUGCGGCCAUUUUGCAUUUGGGAAACGUUAACAUUGCACCGAAGCGAAGUUCAAAGGAAAUCGACCAAGAAGAAUGUGUUGUGCAAAGUGAUGAUUUACAUUUAAAUUUGUUUGCCGAUAUUAUGCAAGUCGAUCGUGAUCAACUGCGAAAAUGGCUCAUUACGCGGCAGAUUGAAUCGAUUAAUGAACAUGUUUUGAUUCCAAUGAAUCAUGUGGCCGCUGAAAUGGCACGGGACGCCUUAGCAAAACAUAUUUAUGCAAAACUCUUUCAGCAUAUCGUUAAUAAUGUGAACAAAAAUUUGGAAAGUGGCCAUAAACAACAUUGUUUUAUCGGUGUUUUGGAUAUUUAUGGUUUCGAAACAUUUGAUAUCAAUUCAUUUGAACAAUUUUGUAUAAAUUAUGCCAAUGAGAAGCUACAACAACAAUUCAAUCAGCAUAUUUUUAAAUUGGAACAAGAACAGUAUUUGAGCGAAGGCAUCGAUUGGACGAUGAUCGACUUUUAUGAUAAUCAACCGUGUAUUGAACUCAUUGAAUCGAAGCUGGGCAUACUGGAUCUAUUGGAUGAGGAAUGUCGGGUGCCAAGAGGGUCUGACGAGUCUUGGGUCGGCAAAUUGAAUGAAAAAUGUGCCAAAUACAAGCAUUUUGAGAAGGCUCGCUUUGGAGGUGCAUCCUUUGUAAUCAAACACUUUUCGGAUACGGUGCAAUAUCAGUCGACCGGUUUCUUGGAGAAGAAUCGUGAUACAAUUUCAAAGGAGUUGGUCAAUGUAAUGUGUGAAUCAAAUUUGCCUAUUUGUCGCUUGCUAAUGACCUUGGAUGAAAGUUCUUCUUCGAAAAGCAAAGACAUCAGCCUUGAUGGUCGUGUUAAAAUUAACGCAGCAAAACACUUGGACUCGAAACCUACACCGAAAAAAAUUCAACCGUCAAAGCAACACAAACAUACCGUUGGAACACAAUUUCGAGAUAGUCUCACAAAACUGAUCUCUACAUUACAUGCAACUACACCGCAUUAUGUUCGUUGUAUCAAGCCAAAUGACGAUAAAGUCGCAUUCAAAUGGGAAUGUCAGAAAAUUGUGCAACAGUUACGAGCUUGUGGUGUGCUAGAAACGGUUCGAAUAUCAGCUGCUGGUUUUCCGUCACGAUGGACCUAUGAGAAUUUCUACAGUCGUUACUAUUUGUUGGGAAAACUAAGCCAGUGCAAUGAUGACGAACGGAUUACAUGCACACACAUCGUACAGAAUCACAUCAGUGAUGAGGAUAAAUAUCGAUUUGGCCACACCCAGAUAUUUUUCCGAGCUGGUCAGGUGGCACUGUUAGAGCAAAUUCGAACCGAUACUCGAAAGCGAUACAUAAUCCUCGUCCAAUCGAUGGUACGUCGUUUCAUAGCCCGCAAAAACUUCAUAAGAAACAAGCAGCUGGCGUUGGGUUUGCAACGCAGAAUCCGUGGCUACUUGGCACGCUGCAAAGCGGAAAAAAUCCGUCGCGAACGUGCUGUGGUAAAGAUUCAAAAAAAGGUACGUGGUUGGUUGUGCCGUCUAAAAUACCACCGUAUUCUGCGUUCAGUGCUAUUGAUCCAAACCUAUGGCCGUGGUUUGCUUGCUCGCCGAUCGUUUGACAUUAAAAUGCGAAACUACAAAGCGACCGUGAUUCAACGUUAUUGCCGUGGAUAUUUGGCGCGUAAAAAAUAUAUCGAACGGAAACGCAAGAUCAUUCUAUGCCAAUCAGCCAUACGUCGAUACUUCGCGCGACGUGAAUUCAAAAAGUUGAAGGCCGAAGCACGACAAAUUUCACACAUUCAAAAAAUGUACAAAGGGCUUGAGAACAAAAUCAUUUCAUUGCAACAAAGAAUUGAUGAACUCACCAAAUCCAAUCAGCAGCUUUCGAAACAAGCUGCCGAAGUACCAGAACUUCAGAUAAAAUUGGAAGCGAAGAAACAAAUUGAAGAUGAACUGUGUAAAGUAAGGUCGAUGUCGUCGCAACUUGAGAAUCAAGUUCAAACAUUAAAUAAACAAUUGGAUGAAGAAAGAGAUGAAAAAUUGUCAAUUCUCGAUGAGAAGGCCAAGGAAGAGGCUGAAUUCAAGCAGAAAUUCUUUGAAAUUUGCACGGAAAAUGAACAGUUGAGUCGUGAAAUCGAAGCACUGAAAGAAAAUCAAGAAGAUGUGGAGACGCUACAUAGGAGUCAUGUAUUGUCCGAUGCCGAUGACAAUGAAAUUCAUCAAGCCUACCAGAAAAUUGCACAGGAAAAGGAACAUUUGGAAAAAGAGAACUUUUUAUUGAGCCAAGAAGUUGAUCGUCUCAUCAAAUUGCAACCAAAUUCAUAUGUUCAUUCGAGGUCGGUCAGCAAUGUAUCGAGUGUUAAUGUUGACGAGGACUUUGGAUAUGCAUCAGCUAAAAAUACACUUGAAUUGAAACGGGAUAAGGAGCACAAUGUUACCGGACUUAAUUCGAAUGCAUUGCUUCAUGUACCGUUGACUGACAAAGAAAAACUGACAAAUAUUGCAAAUGCACCCGAUGUCAACAACUCUCCGGACAGCUACGAAGCGUUCAAUGCCUCAACUCCAAAGCGCAAUGAAAUUCUUACGAUUUUGAAGAUGAAGAAUGUUCUACAAGACGAAAUGAAAAAGCGAAAAAUCUUUGAAAAACAACUUCGGCACACGCAAGAUAAACUCAGCAAUUUGAAUAUCAACGCUGAAGAUUCGAUUAGAGUCUCCGAGCUUGAAAUUGAAAAUGAGAAAUUGCAUAAGGACAUUUUGUUGCUUCGAAAUAGUAUCGAUCGUGGUAUUGCCGAAAAAGAGCUAGAAGCUCAAUUUAUUGCAUUGGAAGAAGAAAAUAAGCGUCGACGCGACGAGUGCAUUCAACUUCGUUCGAUUUUGGCCCAACGCAGCCACGGAUCGCCGAGCAAAAUCAAUGGCAACAUUGAUCAUUCCGACGAUCAAAGUUUACAAGAAAGUGAAUUGUUGCAAGCAUUUGAGGCGCAAAAAGUGGUUAAUCGUCAAUUGGAGUCCGAAUUAACCGCUUUGACCGAAGAAAAUAAUUCGAAAAUAUUGGAUUUAAGUUUAGAAAUUGAUGAAUUGCGUUCGGAACGAAAUCAAUACCAAGAGAUUAUGCACAAUCAAAUUCGAUUAACGGAAUUUUCCGAAGAGUUUCACAGUCUCAACACAUUGGACAAUAGUUAUACACCGCAAAAACAGCAACAAAACAUCGACUACUUGAUGUCCGAAAUUCGGUCAAUUAGUGCGUCUUAUGCACUAGUGUUGGAGGAGAAUAGUCGAAUGUCAAAAUCAAUCGAGAAACUAAUGCAAGAGAAUCAAAUUUUGUCGAAACGACUACGUCAAAAUGGUAUUGAUGACUCGAUUGAGCGAUCGGAGAGUCUAGAUAGUUCACCAAUGAUCCACAAACGGGCGCCAACCUAUCAAGGCAUUUUCAAGUAUCGUGCAGAAGAUGUGACAAAACUGCUACAACGACUUGUCGACGAUUUGGAGCCGCGAGUCGCCAAAACAUUGGCUCCAUCACUACCAGCUUUUAUUGUUUUUAUGUGCAUUAGGUACACCGACAUUGUGAACGAUGACGAUCAAGUUCGCAAGCUAUUGACUAGUUUCAUAAAUGGCGUGAAAAAUCUAACCCGAACACGUCAUGACAAACAAACUACAGAGCAUCGGGUCAUGUGGCUAGUCAAUAUGAUCAAGUUAUUGAACCUCUUGAAGCAAUACGGUGGAUUGGAGGAACACAUGAAGCUGAACACUCCAAUGCAAAAUGAGCAGCAAUUGAAAAAUUUUGAUCUAUCCGAAUACAGACAGGUGAUUCUCACCACAAUCAUUGUAUCGUAUCAACAAAUCACCCAACAAAUUCAAGAGGUCAUCAAAUUGCACAUUGUUCCCGCUAUUUUGGACUACGACGAAAUGGCACGCGGAAAACAAAAAGGCAAACGUGUUUCUGGCGUUUUCUACGAGCCACGAUCAUUAGUCAAUCAAUUGGAUCAUUUUUAUGAGCUGUUCAAAAUGUUCGGUUUGGAUGAAAUUUUCAUCGAUCAAAUUUUCAAGCAAUUCUUCUACUACAUUUGCGCUAUAUCGCUGAAUAAUUUGAUGUUGCGCCGAGAACUAUGUAUGUGGAAAACCGGCAUGAGAAUACGAUAUAAUAUAAGUUGUUUGGAGGAGUGGGCGCGCAAAAUGAAAAUGAGUACUGAAAUAACCGAACCUCUGACACCACUCAUACAGGUUGCAUCGCUAUUGCAAGCGCGAAAGGAAACUGAACGAGAUGUUAAAGUGAUUUUGGACAUAUGCUCAACAUUGUCAACUGCUCAAGUAAUCAAGAUUUUGAAGUCGUAUACGCUAGAUGAUUGCGAGGAGCCAAUUCGUCCGGCCUUCAUCGAAAAGUUGACGACUGCUUUAAAUGAGCGACCGAUCAAGACUCCUACCGACACCUUCACCAUGGAUGAAGCAUAUGUUCAUCCACUAAAAGUGGUAUAUAAGUACGAUGAGACACACCUUGAAGAGAUCGAUUUACCGCAGAUUUUGAAUUUGAAUCAAAUUCUAACCAAAAUUUAAGCAUUUCCAGUGUAAUGAUACACGCUUCCAUGCAUUUAGCUAGUAAAUGAAAUUUAAGUGCCAAGAGGCAAGCAAAAUAUAUUCUAAAAGAGUUGUAUUAUAGCAAUAUAUAUUAGAUUUAAGCUAAAUAGAAACUGUGCAAUCAAAUGGGCUUUUGCCAAAAAAAAUCUUAACUUUAUCGCAACAUUUGAAAUGUAUACAAAUUAUUUUCAUAUUAUUAAUUACCAUAUAUAAUUGUACAAAAAAAAACACAAUUCAAUUUGUUCCUUAUGAAGAAGUGUACUUAUAAUAGAAACGAAAAAAAUGAAGAAUUUUUUCAUUUAUUUUCGUUCAAAAUUAGAAUGCAAACUUUCCAAAUAGACUGAACAAAAAAGACAAUGUGUAAUUUAUCGUGAUUAUUGUGAAGAAUUUACAACAAAAAAAAUUGUAAAGGAAUUUGAACAAAUGUAAAAUUGCUUGUAGGUCUGUUGCCUGCAAUAUUUAUAGAGAAAAAAAAAUUAUAUAUGAAAUGGGUUGAAAAUUUAUCUUUUUUCUCACAAUAUAUGAUGAUGAUUUUGUCCGCCAAAAUGCCCAGUGAAUUGUUUAAAUUAUUUUUUUAUUUAUGGAUCGAUUUUUUGCCACAUAUUGCAUGUAUUUAUUGACUUAGCGCUUAAGAAGUACAGUAUACUUGCUUUAAUCAGUACUUCCAUAAUAAAUUCAAUAUAAUAAGUUGUACCUUGUUCAAUUUCAUUAUUGUUUAUUUGCAUAUAUGAACAUUGAGCACUUGAUGACUUUGAUCAAAUUUUUAUUUA